AUGGGUUGUGGUCUGUCUAUUAAGGGACUAGAGCAUGAUCGAAUUCAUUCAGCAACAGUUCUUCAAACGAAAGGCGAAAUUUCUCGAUAUCAUGGAACAACAGCACGAGGUCGUUGUCAAACAUUGGGUAAUGCAGAAUUGGUUUUAACAGAAGAUGGUAUUUUUUCUCAAGUUAUUGGUACUUCUUGUUGUAAAGAUCGAGGUUUUAUACAUAUACCUCUUUUUGCUAUUACAAAUAUUCAGGAUCAAGCCUGGUUUAAUGGCCUUUAUCGAAUUGAUCGUCCACAUUUGAUAAUAACUUAUAUAGUUCCUGGAAAAGGUGAAUAUCAAGCUGGUUGGCAAAUGAAUCAAACAGGUUAUGAACAAUGGCGAGCAGCUAUUGAAACCUUACUUGAACAAAAACGUAUCGUUCAAUCCAAAUAA